AUGCAAGUAAAAACCCCCCAAACAUCCAUAUCGGUGACAUGCAGACCCGCAGUAGUUCAAUCGGUACGUAGAACCAUCUCAACCCAGUUGUAUCACCACCCGUCCGCCAUCCCACACCCCCACUCCGCCUCCCUCGCCUACCCUGUGCCGCAAAUCCGAUCUCAAUGCCAUAUACACUCGGCAAGAAAAGGCAACACCACGAAUCAAAAAAUGAUAAUCAACGGCCCAGCAUCUGCCGUAAGAUGGUGA